AUUCAUCUCUAGGUUUUAAUGAGGCACUUCACUGUCUGCCAGUGAGACCACAUUGGUAAGAUGCAAAAUGGAUUAAGUAUUUUGGUUGGAAAGUGUUUUGAAGAUCCAUCUUAACGAAGUAAAGGCAUUUUUUGGACAACAGAGCAUCUCCUGACUUGACAUAAAAGGAUAUUUAUUCUUCACCAGGGCUAUUGGAAGAUCCUCCACUUCAGAAAAGAUUGCCUUUCUUUCCUCGUCCUAAUUUCCAGCUUGUUUUAAAGGACUUUUCAAGAAAGUGACAGAACUGGAGCUGCUCAUUUGUCACCAUUUUUCUACCUUGGUUUAGGACCAUUGCUAAGGAGUUUCAGCUGGGAUUGGCCUCCUUUCUGAAGUCCUGCUUGGCCAGGAUUACUUGGACUUUAUUUCAGGACAUCUCUGGACCGAUAACCAUGAGUGAAUUCUGGUUAUGUUUUAAUUGCUGUAUUGCAGAACAGCCUCAGCCGAAAAGGCGAAGGAGGAUUGACAGAAGUAUGAUAGGAGAGCCAACAAAUUUUGUACAUACAGCUCACGUAGGAUCUGGAGAUCUAUUCAGUGGCAUGAAUUCAGUAAGUUCAAUUCAGAACCAGAUGCAAUCAAAAGGAGGAUAUGGAGGUGGUAUGCCAGCAAAUAUGCAGAUGCAGCUUGUCGAUACAAAAGCAGGAUAGUCCUUAUAAACGACAUACUUGGUGAGGACAGGUUCAUAUUCCUGGAUUUUUCCUCCUUCAUGUGUUUCCUAUCUGCCUUGGUGACUGCUUUCUGUGUUCUUUGGAUGAGAACAGCAUGAUGAGUUAAUUGUUCAGUCCUGAGAUGAUUCUUCAAUGAAAAGUGUGUGGUUAUUCUCCAAGGAUGCUUUUUUUGGACAGGUCCUAUUGAACCUUUCAGAGGCUCGCACCAGUUCAGCUGCCUCACAGAAUGCCACGGACAUGAUAGUUACUUUUGUUGUAAUUUUUUUUAUUUUAAAAAUAAAGAUCAAAUUUUAGCAUGACUAUUUUUGCAAGUGCCAUCGCACAACAUCACAGAGCUUGUUGCUUUUUUUUUCGUCUUCAAAUUAGCUGUCAACAGUGUCUUGAUUUUUGUGUGUAUGAUUGCAUUGUCAGGUCAGAGACCUGCUACACAAGCACAGCAGACUUCCAGCCCAGCAAGACAGCAAAGUAGAUGACCGCAUUUUUUUUGUAAAGUAUCUUUUCUAUUUCUUUUGUGCCAAAACACUUUCUAGUGCGGACUGAUGAUACUUCUGCUGACAAAUGCUGGCUGUAGCACCAGGUACAAACAGUGAUUUCCCAUUUGUGAAAAUGGGUUUGUAAUAUAGCUGCUUAAAGAAACUAGUCCGUUCAACUUGUCUUAUAAUUCUUAAGAGAAAUAGCUUGCAUUUCACAUACCAUUCUAUUGUAAAUAAUGUUCAGGAGUCUAACCUUGAGCAUGUAUCUGUAUUAGCUGAAAAGGAAAAAUGUGAUGUAAUGGUGUUUACAGUCUGUCUGGUCCAGUUUUAUGUAGCCUUUGUUUGCAGAGUCCUGAGCUUGUAGUGAUAUUGCAGAAUUUCUGUAGGCUUUCCUAGCAGACUGGCUUCCAGGUAGUAAAUAUUGAAAGAUACCUGUCCUGCUGUUAGCAACAUUGUGAUAUCUUUGAACAAAUGCCAGCGAACACAUUAUCCCUCCUUACUAUAUAGAUGUAAGCAUCUUCCUCAGGUUUCAGAUUUCACUAAACAUUGUGGGCAUCAUAUGCCAGUUGCACUGUUAAGUAUUGAUGUGAACCAUCCGUCUCUGAAUUAGUGUAGUUUAGACAUUGAGGGUUUGGAUUUCUCAUGCGCUUAUUAAAAAAAAGUGGGUCAAGAGUUUUGUCUGGAAUUUUGAGCUGCUACAGAGAUGGGGCAUUAUUAAAGUCCUAGACAGAAGGAGGAACUAGUAUUAGUACAAACUAUGGGCACUAUUUAAAAAUGAAAGCUAUACUCAGAUAUAUUUAUUUAAAUUUUAUUUUCCUUUUUGUGUUUUGUGCCUCCAUUAUCCCUCUGGAAAGUUAUAAAAAUAGACAAAGGGCAGUCGUACAGAAACAUUUAAGGCCCAAGCUGGUGUCUUCAUCAGCAGAUCAUUUCAUUUGCACAGUUAGGUAUCUAUGUGUUUUUAAAGGUUUUUGAGGGGCUGCACUUUAUUCCAUUUUAUUGCAUGUAAUUGGGAAGUGAAAUUCUUAAAACAUAAGGGAUUCUUUCAGUGAUAUUUUUGUUUGAAGAGAAAGGUUGGCUAGGCUUCUGGUAAUUUGGAGUAAGGCAGUCAUUUAAGCACUGUUCUCUGACUUUUUCAUUGGUUUCUUGGAGUAGAUAAUUUGUCCACAGUGGUCUUGCAUAUUGACAUUUUAUGUCCCCUACAAGUGAGUUUCGUAUUUUAUCUUGAAAAAAAAACCUCAGCCCACAUCUGAUAAAAUCUUGCAUAUUUUUAUAAAAAUACAUUUUUGUACAUCAUGGUGAAUCUUGAUUAAAUUUAGUUCAUUUGUUUGUAGAUACUAAGGUAUAGAGUCUGAUUCAAUAAAUGUUUCCUUUCAGA